ACUCCUCCUGCAGUCUCCCUCAGUCGCUCUUGUCUCAGUGAAAACCCUCGCUGCUGCAAAAACAAACAGGAGAAAAUGGGAAAAGUGAGCAUCUGGUUGAAACGGAGCUAUGUGGGAUUGACAUGUUUUAUAAUGAUCACCUGUCUCGUCUUGUGUGGAUUCACUCUGUUCAGCCAUGGAGUCAUGUCCAGAGAGGAAGAGAUCGAUAACUCAUCCAGCGCUGCCAUAGCCGUGCACAUGUUCUACAUUUUCUAUGCUGCAAGUUUCCUGUUCAGCAUCUUUGGUUUGUUUGGGAUCUUUAAGAGGAAGACGUGGGCUCUUAUAGUGUUCACAGUUGGAAUCAUCAUUUGCUCCCUAGCUAGUCUACUAGUUGCCACCGUAUUAAUGAUUGGACAAUCAAUGUUUCCUCAUUUCAUUAAGGAGGAAUAUCUAAGCAUGCUGCCGCUGACUAAUGCUACUGAAAGUGCUAGAGAACACCUCGAUCAUUUACAGAGUGAGUAUGAGUGUUGCGGAAUCGAACAGGGCUACAAGGAGUGGAUGGAAGACAUCCCGCGUUCCUGCGUGUGCAUUAAAUACUCUACAUACCCAUGUGUGGCUACUCCUAGAAACAGUACUCUUUAUGAGGACACAGAUCCCCCUGUGAUGAUUUAUGCUCAGCCAUGUCUCCCAAUCUUGCUGGAAAGUGUUGACGAACUUAUAAAAGGAACUAUUGGCCUAAUAGUGGGAAUCACGCUAUUAUGGGGGCUGUCAGUUGUCUUGUGCAUUGUCAUCUUGUGCCGAAUGAACCGGAAAGAGGAAACGCCCAAAGUGGUCUACAGUAAAGAAGCCAAAGCAGGAAACUACAGCUCCCUUACAGAAGCUUGAAGCACACUUGAUGAUGUAGUGUUAAAUGCAAAAAAAAAACAAAAAACAAUCCUGCCUAUUGAGUCUUUGCAAAAUGUUUAAUUUUGUUUAAGUUUACAAAAAAGUGAUUGUAAUCACCAGUCAAUCUCUCAUAUGCAUUUUAAGGAUAUUUUGAAUUGUAAUUUGAAAUUGAACAUUUUUUUUGUUAUAAUUAUUUCCUUUAGUUAUUAAACACAAGAAAAGCGAUAACAUAUGUCAAUUAGUAAAAUGACCAAAUGGUCAAGAGAUGUUUUAGAAAAACAUCCACUUUAACUCAUUUAAAAUAUACAUCAGGUGGGAUGUAUGAAAAUCAAAAGUGUAAUAAUAGGUUUGAUUUUUAUCCUCGGUGCCUUCAUUUCCUGCUUUACAGCUUUCAUUAUAAGGAAUAUAUCACUCCUUUUUUUUACUUUGUACAAUCUGUAGAUAAACACUAAAAAAAUACUUUUUAAAUUGUGUUUUUUUUCAAUUUUUACUUUCCUUUGUGAAAUUCUACUGAGUUGUUAUGUUUGCAUUUUAUUACUACAUUUAAGUCUAUUUUAAAACAGAUUGUGAAACUUUGUUUUUUAUUACUUAUUCACUUAAUUCAUUAAAUACAAACUAAUCAAACAUCCAUUUUAGGAGCUAUUUUGUUUUUUUGAGACCAACUUUAUUAAAAGAAUAUGCAAAAAAACUGCAAA